AUGCCAACGUCAAGUAGCAUCCUGCAGAAGCUCAUAAGCGCCGCAUUCACCAAACCAACCAAGCUGGCGCUCGUCGUACGCGGCGAUCUGAAAAUGACCAAAGGUAAAACGGCGGCCCAAUGUGCACACGCUGCCGUCAUGUGCUAUCAGAACGCCGCUCAGGGCACGGCGGAACAGAGUGCUGUUCUGCAGCGAUGGUGUCACAUGGGACAACCAAAGAUUGUGUUGCGUGUUGAAAACUUCGAGCAACUAAAUGGACUGGAGCGACAAGCGCAGGAGGCGAACGUCGUUGCUGCUUUGGUGAGGGAUGCUGGCCGAACACAGCUGGACGCGGGAACGGCCACGGUUCUGGGCUUAGGACCAGCGCCAGCUGCUGAGCUGGAUAAGUUGGUUGCACACUUGAAACUGUUAUAAGUUCUAUGUUUUAUAUAAUCAUUACAAUUAAAGUAAAAUUUAACAAAAA